ACUCUCAACUCUGAAAAGUCGUCGUUAGAAAGAAAAGACGCAGACCGGCAGGAAAAAAGCUGCAAGUGAAUCGGAGUUUUCGCGAGUGCUUGGGAGAAAAUCGCUGCUUUUAGCAAUCAUAAUUUGGCUAUUGUUGUCUGUUGAGCACUCUUAAUCAGCCAAAAUGAACGACACACGCGGCAAGAAAGAUAAAAAUCAGCACAUACAAGUCUUUGUGCGCGUGAGACCAAUCAACAGUGCUGAAAAGUCAAGCAAAUCACCAGUAGUUGUUGAUGUAGCUUCAAAUAAGGAAAUUGUUGUUCGUGAAAGACCACAAGACAAACUUACAAAAAAAUUUACAUUUGAUAAAGUUUUUGGGCCAGUUUCCAAGCAGCUUGAUGUUUAUAAUGCAGUUGUGAGCCCUCUUCUAGAAGAAGUUUUGGCUGGCUAUAACUGUACUGUGUUUGCUUAUGGGCAAACAGGUACAGGAAAGACUUUUACUAUGGAAGGAGCUUGCAAUGAUCCUUCUUUGCAUUGGCAGGCGGAAUCUAAUGCUGGAAUAAUACCAAGAGCAUUGAGCCAUUUAUUUGAUGAAUUGAGGAUAUUAGGUGCCCAAGAAUAUACUGUUAGAGUGAGUUUCUUAGAGUUGUACAAUGAAGAACUUUUUGAUCUUUUGUCUCCAAAUGAUGAUGCAUCAAAGAUCAGAAUUUUUGAGGAUACAGCUAAAAAAGGUGCAAUCAUUAUCCAUGGCUUAGAAGAAGUCACUGUUCAUAACAAAGCUGAAGUUUAUAAAAUACUAGAAAAAGGUUCAGAAAAGCGUCAAACAGCAGCUACUAUGAUGAAUGCACAUUCAAGUCGAUCACAUACCGUAUUCUCUAUCACAGUGCAUAUAAAAGAAAAUACUGUAGAUGGUGAGGAACUUCUUAAAACAGGUAAACUCAAUCUGGUUGAUUUAGCUGGUAGCGAAAAUGUCGGAAGAUCAGGUGCUGUUGACAGACGAGCUCGGGAAGCUGGUAACAUUAAUCAGUCCUUGUUAACUCUUGGUAGAGUUAUCACGGCUUUAGUAGAGCGAGCGCCUCAUAUUCCAUAUCGUGAAUCAAAAUUGACAAGAUUACUUCAAGAGUCGCUAGGUGGACGGACUAAAACUUCUAUUAUAGCAACUAUUUCUCCCGCAAACAUGAAUAUUGAAGAAACACUAUCCACACUAGAUUAUGCUCAUCGAGCUAAAAAUAUUACCAACAGGCCAGAAAUUAAUCAGAAGUUGUCUAAGAAAGCUCUGCUUAAAGAAUAUACUGAAGAGAUAGAGAGACUGCGGCGUGAUUUGGCUGCGACAAGAGAGCGUAAUGGAGUUUACUUAGCUCAAGAAAAUUACGCUGAAAUGCAAUCAACCAUUGAAGUACAAUCUAAAGAAAUAGAAGAAAAAAUAAAUCACAUUAAAACAGUGGAAGAGAUGCGGGAUAAGGCAGAAAAAGACUUUAUGGAUCUUCAAAUGGAAUGUGAAGCAACAAAAAUUGCUCUGCAGCAAACAAAGGAAACAUUAGAAUCCACUAAAAAUGAUUUGAUAACAACAAAGAAUAUUUUAACUGAAACAGUUUUUGAUAGGGAUCUACAGAAACAUUUAGUGGAAAAACAUACAACCACAGAAAAAGUUCUUUUGAAUCAGGCUCAAACUCUUCUAACUGUUGCAGAAACAGCCACAACAGAUACUCAUAAGUUACACGAUAAAAUUAGUCGUAAACAAAAAGUGGAAGAUGAGAAUGAGACUCUUGGUCAUCUGUUUAGACACGAAAUGUUGAAAACAUUCCAACAUAUGGUCGAGGAUGUGAAGAAUCAUACGAAUGAAUUGUCUAAUUUUUUUAAUUCUUUCAAAGAUCAAAUGAACAGUGUUGCGGCAUAUCAGUGUCAAGAAAUUGAGAAAUCAAUUGAACUUAUUUCUCACGAUCUUGUACAAAAAGAAAUUGCAGUAUCAGACAAGUUAGUAAAAUGUGCUAAAAGCAACUAUGAUAAAUAUCACGCAUGGAUGCUUUCGCACGUAGAAGAAGCAACCAAAAUGACACAAAAUGAACGCGCAGUACUUGAAAGCAUUUUGGCAAAAAUAGCUCCUAAAAUUCGUGAACUAGUUGAAAACGAAAUAUCGGAAAACUUAAAAGCAUUACACAAAGAAACUUCAUUAAAAUUAAUUGAUCUUACUAAUAUGACCAAUAAGUCCAUGAAUGAAUUGUAUAAUAGUUUAUUAGCUGAUAGGGAUAACUUGACGAAACAAAUUGAGGAAAUCAAGAAAACUGUCCAAAUUGCGCUUGAAAAACAGAAUAAAAUAACCCAAAACGAGCAAUCAUUUUCUAAGGUGUUUGCUGACUUGAAAUUACAAUUUGAAAAUACUUGGAAACAAUAUAAAGAUUUUACAGCGGAAAGUCAGCAGAGUCGCUCUAUCACUUGUAGCAAAUUAAAUGAACUGGACGUUAUAAGUAAUGGUAUUAAUGAAAGAAAUAUUAUCAGUUUUGACAAUAAUGUUAAACAAGAAAAGAAAAUUGAAAAACAAAUUGAAAACCACGUUGAAAUCAUCAAACAAGAUAUUUCAUCAGCGUUGGAAAAGAACUGGAAUAUUGCUGAUAAUGCAGUUACUAAGAGCACGGAUGUGAUAAAUCAAUUAGGAUCCGAUUUGAAUGAGCGCCGUUGUGCUCUUGUGUGUUAUCAUAAUUUGAUUGAAACUAGUGCCACGUAUCUAGAGCAACAAACAGAACAAGAAAAAGAAACAAUACUGUCUGCGGCUCAAGAUUAUCAUAGAAUGAUAAAUGAGACAAAUACAGCUCACAUGCAUUUUAUGGAAGAACAAAAGAUUUACAAUCAAAAAAAUUACAGUGAUAUGAAUAACAAACUAGAGAAUAAAACUACAGAAUCAAUGGAUUGGAAAAAGAAAAUGACGUCACAAGUAAAUGGUACUCAUGAAAAAAUUGAAAGGUUCAUUUUGGAAGAAUUACGGCGUGAUGUUGCAACAGGAACAACACCUGCCAGAAGAGAAUUCAAUUAUCCUCGUCGCCUUAUUGCCACGUCUCCGCAUGAACGUAUAAUUAAAAGAUUUCGUGAGACUCAGCAACUAGUUGAAUCUUCAGAAGAUGAAGAUAAUAGUACUAUUAUUGACAUAUUGUCUCCCAACUCGGAUAGUCGAAAUAGUGGUAAUUUAUCAUCUCCGAUGCCGACGAGGAUAAAGCGUAUAACAUCCACACCAAACAGUGUAUCAAAAUUACGUGUUCCCGUAAUUAAUUAUAAUAAUUAUAGUCUGAUCAAAUCCGCUUCAACUUCAGAUAUCCCUGUUGCUACAAAAGUUCCUCUUGAUUCAACAACCAUGUCUGAAUCAGAGGUCAUGAAGGAGCAGGAUAAUAAGGAAAAUGGAAUAGAUGCGUUUCUAAAACCCGAUAAGGUAAAACCUAAACGAUUGUCAAAGACUAAAAGUAGUAACAAAAAAGUUCUUGGUUCUGUCAAUUGAAAGGUUAUAACAUUUUGAGAAUCUACGUUCUCUAAUGCCCUUUGCAGUCAUGACUAUCUGAUUUUUUAUAUGUACAGUUUUAUAAAAUGAGUAGAUUACCUUUUUUUUUAUAAAUUUAUAAGCAUUUAAGAAUGUCACAAAACAUACAUGGUAAAUAUGUUGUUAAGACAUAUUAUUAUAGGUUUUACGAUUAGAUUUUCAGGUGAAGAGCUUAAUUUCAAAUGUAUUACUUGGACAUUGUUGACAAACGUGAAAGAAUAGAAUUUUUCUCGUGUUUAUUAAGAAUUAUAUGCAAGUUCAUUUAAAUAGAAUGUUUGGAAUCGUUUUAAAGUUUUUUUCUAUAUUGAAGAAAUGUAUAUAUAUGUAUGCAUCGGAGAUUUUACUUCAAUUAAAGUGUCGUGUUUUAUUCUGUAGCAUGAAUAUUAUUGUUCUCUAAUUUUUAUUAAAUGAAAUAUUAUACUAUGAAUAAUACCGAAUAUUAUAUGCACUCUUGUAAGUGUU